AUGUCGGAUUCGGCUACAUCGCCACCCAGGAGAAUCAAGGCCAGGGUCCGCUUAGCCAAGUUUGCCCUCCGAGGCGUCAACUUCAGCUGCAGUUUGAUCAUCUUGUCCAUGCUUUCAGCGUCCUUCACCAUCUUCAACGCGACCAAGGCUCUGCCUUCUCAGAGCGGAAUGCCGUCGUGGGCCAAGAACACCAACACCUGGCCCCAGAAACUUGUCUUGGCCAUGGCCUGUGUCUCCCUUCUUGCUUGUAUCUUUGUUUUCCUCGCCUACUGCCGCGGCGGGCAUCGACGAGCGGAAAAGGUUUCGACGUACUACACCAUGUUUGCGAUUGGCUGGUUCAUCCUCUCCAUGAUUUUGUGGGCAGUCACCGCCGCUCUCUUCCAGCACUCGAGGACAAGCAACAAUAAUAAAGACAUGUGGGGAUGGUCUUGCCUGGAUAAUAAACGCUCCGAUGUGUACUCUGAUAAAGUCGACUACGCUCUUGUCUGCAGACUUCAGAACUGGACUCUCAUUUGCAUCAUCAUCGAGGUUGUCAUUGAGGUCAUCUGCAUCACCCUCUACAGCAUCGUCUUUUACCGAUACUACACCAAGCGCCGACUCCACAAGUCCAUGAACUCCCGAGACAAGGCCCGCUCCGAUCUUUACCUUGCCCAGCUCCGAACCCAGUCGGCCCCCAACACGCCCGGCUUUGGUCCCAAGUCCCCGGCAUUCAGCCAAUAUGCUCUUUCGCCGCGCUUCCCGCCCUCGGCCUACCGCAACUUGUCUGAUAUCGAAGAGUCUCCCUUCACCCCAGGCAACGCGUACGCCGAGCCCAGCUCCGCCUUUUCCGAGAAGUCUCAAUCAACCUUUAAGCUCCAAGCACCCCCAACCAAGGCGCCUUCUGCCACUCCCAGGUCGCAGACUGGAGGUUUCAGCGCGAGCCCCAUCGAGCCCCGAGCUCCCACGCCACCCGAGCCUACCCACCGCGAGCAUGCUCCCAUCUCCGCGGCGGAGCCGGUGUACGAGGCUGUUCCCAUUCCUGGCGCCUACGCCGACGCCGCUGUCAAGAGCCCGCCACCUCACCAGACGUCAUUCGGUCACGCGAGGUAA